UUAUUUUAUCUAUAUUCCAUGCUUAAGAUGGUCGCUUUUCCCUAUCCACGCUUAUUUUGACAUAUGGUUGCACCUUCAUGUCCUUGAAAUUUAAUCCGGAUAACUCCUUGUUGAAGGGAUCUUGGGUUACCGUCCUCCUCAGCGAGCGAGAUGUGGCCGGUCAAAUUCCCAUAAAUUUCGUCACCAUCCCGGCUGUCUCCGUCCGGACAGCAUGUUUCGGGAACAACGUUUUCGAGAGAAACGCCGCUGAAAAAUGCAUCUCGAACCUACUAGCGGUGGGGUUUCGCCGUUUCGAGAUCGAUAUAUAUUGGUCAUCCGACCUACAACGCUGGCUCAUAUGUCCAGUAUCGAUCCCUGAGAGCGUCUAUAUAGAGACUCUCAGCGCGACACCCACUUCAACCGCCAAUGUUGCGGAAGGAACUGUCACAGCAGAGAUUGAUUCCUCGUCGGGAUAUCUUCUCUACAAUUUAGGAUCGUAUCAAUGCUCAGACGGCCUCGAUGCAGAAGAUGUACUCGAUAUUUUCCUCGAUUAUUUUAAAGAUACCAGCUCCCAGCUGAACAUAUAUACUAGAUGCCUGUCCUUCAAUCUCCAUGCUGCCACUAGUGCCACAGCUAUUAAUCAGCCAGCAUCCGCAGUAGCCGAGGAUCAACUUCCCACUAGAUCCGAUAUUCUGAGUAAUAUGAUUCGAAACAAGCUUGGUUCCUACAUCUAUACACCUUCGCGUCUAUAUUCCGAACGCCAAAACCUGAACGGGUCAUGGUAUGAAGUAGAACCCAGGUACAGGCCUAUUGUUGAGUAUUUCACUAUCGAAGAGGAUUCAUCAGGCGUGCAAAGAACGCCGAAUGGAUGGCCCAGCACAAAAUAUCUACAACUAGCAGCACAGCGACGGAUGCUUGUUGAAUAUGGAUCUGUUGACCCACAACUUGGUGGCUACAACCUCUCAGCAGAGAACGAAGUUAUAUUCCCUCCAGGCUAUUUAACUUCCACAAUGCCUGUUUCUCUUGCGAGCGACGGGGGAUUGGCCUCGGGCUGCUUAUAUAGCCCUGAUGCUACUGAUAUAUCCCAGGUCAACGGAUCUUGGGCAAUAUCAAGCCAGAUUUCAGUUCCCAGUAACCUCAGCAAUGAUCAAACACUUCGCUAUUUAUCCAAUAUGGCCGCCAAUAUGACGGCCUGCGGGCUAACUCCCUCCCUCAACAAUACCUUGUUUAGCGAAACGGCUGAUGAAUCGUCUGACGCGUACCGCAACGUCUCGCUAUCUUCCUCCUGGGCGUGGGCGGCCGGACAACCCCAAACUCCAUCAACAGAUGUAGAUACAAACGAGCGAUGUGCCGUCAUGGACCUUUCCAGUAUGGGCCGCUGGCGCAGUGCAAACUGUACGGAAGCCCGCCACUCAGCCUGUCGCGUCAAUAACAUGCCAUUCACAUGGACACUCUCCUCAAACACAUAUUCUUACGCGGAUGCCUACACCAACGGCUGCGGAGAUUCCGCCCCGUUCUCUGUGCCCCGCACCGGCCUCGAAAACACUUAUCUUUACCGUCAUCUUCUCUCUCGGCCUAGCGACGUAAUUGACCCAUCAUCUUCAGACCCUCUCAAACACGAGGUUUGGAUCGAUUUCAACUCCAUCGAUAUCCAUACGUGCUGGGUAUCCGGGGGCCCCGAAGCUAUCUGUCCAUACCGUGCAAACCCCCAGAAACUUGAAAGACGGACAGUCAUAGUCUCUGCCAUUGCAGGUAUCGUGAUUUUGAUCAUAUUUGCUUUGACCUUGUUUGUAAAAUGCAACGCCAACCGACGAAACUCGAGGAGGAAUAGGCGUGUCAUUCAGGGAUGGGAGUAUGAAGGGGUACCGUCGUAG